GUUUGUUAUGGCGCAAUGGAUGGGUUUUGGAAUUUUUGGGGGGUUGGGGGUGAGGAUAGAGAGAGUUGUUGGUUCACGGUUGUCUUGACUAAUCCCCUAUUCUCAAGCUCGUUUCCCACGACCGCUUUUGCCGCUCACCCGGUCGUGUAAAUGCAAUCCUAUUUCUAUGCUCAUCAUCAUAUCACACCGCUCUAUACCCAUUUCUCUCCAUCUUUCUUUCCUCUCUAUCUUUUCUUUCCUCUCUUAUCUCUUCUGUGCCCUUUGGUGUUCUCUUCUUUGGCUGAAUAAUCAACCUCUCCCCCCUCCAUUAAGACGUUUGGAUCAUGCACUUUCAACUCGUCAUUUAAUUUUGCUCGUUUGGGAUGGGAAGGGUUAAGCUAAAGAUAAAGAAGUUAGAGAACACAAAUGGCCGUCAGGCGACUUAUGCCAAAAGGAAGCAUGGGAUCAUGAAGAAGGCUAAUGAGCUUUCCAUCCUAUGUGAUGUAGAAAUUAUCCUCCUUAUGUUCUCCCCAACUAACAAACCUUCAGUAUGCAUUGGGAAGCGUAGCAUUGAGGAGAUACUCGAAAAGUUUGCUCAACUAACUCCACAAGAACGGGCCAAAAGGAAGUUGGAAAGUCUUGAAGCACUGAAAAAAACGUUCAAGAAGUUGGACCAUGAUGUAAAUAUUCAUGAAUUUCUGGGUUCAAGUACGCAAACAAUAGAGGAUCUGACCAACCAAGCCAGAUUAUUGCAGGCUCGGCUUUCUGAAAUACACAGGAGACUGAGCUGUUGGACUGACGUGGACAAGAUCAAUAAUGUCGAACAUUUGGGGCAAAUGGAAGAUUCACUGAAGGAUUAUCUGAAUCAAAUUCGAGCCCAUAAGGAAAAUUUAGGAAAGCAGCAGCUUUUACCGAUGGAAUGCACAAGUCAGUUCCAAAAUGAAAUGCAUGUACCUUUUAGAAUGGGAAUUGAGCAACAGCUCCAAUCUCUUGCAUGGAUGGCUAAUAAUGAUAGUAGAUCCAUGGCCUUGACUGAGGACCCAAAUCUGAUUCCCCCUAGGGAUGUGGAGUGUUCUGCAAGUUCCUCAUUUGGAAGUUAUUCGGGUUACUUCGGCACACCUAAAAGUUCUGAACUAUCGAGUUCUGGACAAGAAAAUGGCAUCCUUAAUGAUUUGCAACUAGGUGGACAAUGCCCCUUCUUCUCGUACGAUCUUAGCAUACUGAAUGAUCACAAAUUCCAACCAGUGGCAGAGAUGAACUUUCCGGAAACUCCUGUAGAUUAUCAUGUUAACGGAGUUCUAGCAGGUCCUAGAGCUGGAUAUGACCCAAACCAAGGUAGUUGGGCUUCCACUUCUGGCCCUUGUGCUGUUACCAUGUUUGAUGAGCCAUUAUAUACUGGACAACUAAACUGAGAUGCAGAAGAGUGAUGCUACAAUUCAUUUCAUCCACUAAGCAAACUAUGGAGAACUAUACUAUACAAUGCGGAAUUAACCGAAAAUCCUCAAAAAUUGCCUAGACAUUUUGUUAUCACCAAGUAAAACUCGUACUCGGAUGAUGUGAUGAUAGCUCGACUGCACGACAUAUGGUUACCUUAAUAGUGGUAAAAUGCAGACCAAAUGCUGCUAACUCCAAUCAAAUGAGGCACCACAUUUCUGUAUACUAAUAUAUUUAGUAGUAGAUUUUCUUAUUAACUUAUUUUUGUUUUCACCUUUUGAUUACUAGAGUUUACUAAUGGCGGUCACUGCCUUUCCUCAAUGUCAAGUUUAAGCUGUAAAUAAAACAAAUAGCAAGACAUUGAUUGUAAAUCAUAUGAUUAACAUAUAAAAAUGCACGACAGCAACUUCUUCA